AUGUCCUCGCGCUCCGCCCUGGCGGCGGGCAACGAGCGGAACGCGGAGACGCUGGGCCCGGGGGGCAGCGCCCGCCCCGACAAGCCCGGGCCGGGCCCGGGGGGCAGCGCCCCCCCCCACAAGCCCCCUCCCCCCGGCGCCGGUUGGUCGGGGCGGGGGUCCGGGGCCGCCCCUCCCCCGCCGCGGGGGGGCCGGAACUCCCUGGGGGGGGGGUCCGAGGAGCCCCCUCCCCACGUGGGCAACUACCGACUGCUGCGCACCAUCGGCAAGGGCAACUUCGCCAAGGUCAAGCUGGCGCGGCACGUCCUGACCGGGAGAGAGGUCGCCAUCAAAAUCAUCGACAAGACCCAGCUGAACCCCACCAGCCUGCAGAAGCUCUUUCGGGAAGUUCGGAUCAUGAAGGGGCUGAACCACCCCAAUAUCGUGAAGCUGUUUGAGGUGAUUGAGACGGAGAAGACGCUGUACCUGGUGAUGGAGUACGCCAGCGCAGGUGAGGUGUUCGAUUACCUGGUGUCCCACGGGAGGAUGAAGGAGAAGGAGGCGCGGGCCAAGUUCCGACAGAUCGUCUCGGCCGUGCACUACUGCCACCAGAAGAACAUCGUGCACAGGGACCUCAAGGCCGAGAACCUGCUGCUGGACGCCGACGCCAACAUCAAGAUCGCGGAUUUCGGGUUCAGCAACGAGUUCUCGCGCGGCUCCAAGCUGGACACGUUCUGCGGCUCACCGCCCUACGCCGCGCCCGAGCUCUUCCAGGGCAAGAAGUACGACGGGCCCGAGGUGGACAUCUGGAGCCUGGGGGUCAUCCUGUACACGCUGGUCAGCGGCUCGCUGCCCUUCGACGGACACAACCUCAAGGAGCUGCGGGAGCGCGUGCUGCGGGGCAAGUACCGCGUGCCCUUCUACAUGUCCACGGACUGCGAGAACAUCCUGCGGCGCUUCCUGGUGCUCAACCCCGCCAAGCGCUGCACCCUCGAGCAAAUCAUGAAGGACAAGUGGAUCAACAUCGGCUACGAGGGCGACGAGCUGACGCCCUACACGGAGCCCCAGGAGGACUUUGGGGACACCAAGCGCAUCGAGGUGAUGGUGGGCAUGGGCUACACGCGGGAGGAGAUCAAGGAGGCGCUGAGCACCCACAAGUACAACGAGGUGACGGCCACGUACCUGCUGCUGGGGCGGCGCGGAGAGCCCGAGGGUGGCACCUCGCUGUCCCUGUCCCUGUCGCGGCCCCGGGGCUCGGCCGAGGCUCCCAAUGGUGCCACCAAGUCGGGGACAUCGUCGGGGACGUCGCACGGCAAGGGACAGCGCGGGGGCGGCCACCACCGGCAGCGGCGGCACAGCGACUUCUGUGGCCCCGCCCCCUCGGCCGCCCCUCCCCCCCGCCGCAGCCCCCCCUCAGCUGCCCCUCCCCCCUCCUCGGAGCUGGGCGUGGCCGGGGGUGUGGCCGGGGGCGUGGCCCCGCCCCCCAGGAGGGGCUCCGGAGGAGGAGGGGGGGGGAGGGGCGGUGGGGGCGGGGCCGGGCCGCCCCUCCCCCCUCCCUGCAGCCCAUUGGUCAGCAGCGCCCACAACCCCAACAAGGCCGAGAUCCCCGAGAGGCACCUGGACGGACAGCCCCACGUGCCCCCCAGCGUGAUGGGCCGCAGGAACACCUACGUGUGCUCGGGGGGGGAGCGGCACCUGCUGCUGCCCAACGGCAAGGACAGCCUGCCGUCCCGCCCCCCGCCCUCCCCCUCCAGCCACUCGCUGGGCGGGGCCCACCUGGGCGGGGCUCACCUGGCGCACCUGGCCCGCGGCUGCUCCGCCCGCAGCACCUUCCACGGGGGGGGCGGGGCCUCCACCGGAACCGGCACCGGAACCGCCGGGAGCCGCCGGGGGGGCGGGGCCUCGGGAGCUCCGCCCCCCGCCUCGCCCCCGCCCCCGCCCAGCGCCGGCUCCUCCCCCCGGCCCCGCCCCACGGCGACGCUGCUGAGCAAGAUCACCUCGAAACUGAGCCGCAGGGUGUCCCUUGACCCCUCCCGCCGGCAGAGCUCCAAUCGCUGCGUCUCGGCCACGCCCGGCCCCGGAGCCGCCAAAAUCCGGUCGCAGACGAACCUGCGGGAAUCGGGGGACCUGCGCUCGCAAGUUGCCAUCUACCUGGGGAUCAAGCGGAAGCCGCCCCCCCGGCUGCUCCGAGGGGGGGGGGCUGACCCCCGGAGCUGGAUCGGGACCCCCAGAACCAGAUCAGGACCCCCAGAACCGGGACGGGACCCCCGGAGCUGGAUCGGGACCCCCCAAGAACGAGACUGGGACCCCCAGAACCGGAACGGGACCCCCGGGACCAGAACGGGACCCCCGGAGCUGCAUCGGGACCCCCAGAACCAGAUCAGGACCCCCAGAACCGGGACGGGACCCCCCGGAGCUGGAUCGGGACCCCCCGGGACCCCCACCCGGGACCCCCAGAACCGGACCGGAACCCACACGGGACCCCCGGAACUGGAUUGGGACCCCAAGAUGGAGACCGGGACCCCAAACCCAGACUGGGACCCCCGGAGCUGCAUCAGGACCCCCAAAACUGGACCAGGACCCCCCAGGACCCCCAGGACUGGAUCGGGACCCCCCAGGAACGAGAGCGGGACCCCCAGAAAUGGCCCGGGACCACCAGAACCGGACUGGGACCAGAACGGGACCCCCCAGAACUGGACCGAGACCCCUAAGAACGAGACCGGGGACCCCCCAAGAUCAAGAUCAGGACCCCCAGAACUGGACCGGGACCAGGACGGGACCCCCGGAGCUGCAUCAGGACCCCCCAGGACCCCCCUGGGACCCCCAGAAUCGGAUCGGGACCCCCAGAACUGGGCCGGGACCCCCCCUCAAAACCCCCCAAGACUGAGAGCGGGACCCCCAGAACUGGAUCGGGACCCCCGGAGCUGCACCAGGACCCCCCUGGGGACCCCCAGAACCGGAUCAGGACCCCCAGAACUGGGCCGCGACCCCCCCUCAAAACCCCCCCAAGACUGA